GAAUUUUUUGCUUCAUAAUAUUUUCUCAUUUCUACGAAUUACAAUGUAAAUAGAGGGUAGUUGAAAAUUAGCGAAUUGAUUUGCAAUUUAAUUUGUCGAAUAAAGAUAUAAUUGAGUUCAAUUACGUUGUGUUUGCUUCGCGAAAUCGUUGUGUUAGUGCGUUGCUUUUCGUUUACUCAUUCGUUCAAUUAGCAAUCGUCACAUUACUCUACGAACGUUAUUAAAUGUAAUUGUAAUUGUGCUGCUAUUAAAUUAAACGUAACGUAUGUGAUACGUUGUGCUGCAUAAAUAUGGUGGUUCCAAACAGUAUCGAAGAUCCUGAGAAACUUUCUCUCAUAUGUCAGCUAACAGAUCUAGCUACGAGUCUGAGACAGGAACGAUUAUUCGUAAUAUCGGAACAGCAUCAUCUUCAAGACCUAAAUAUCAACGUUAACAAAUCAUGGUACGAUUUGACGAAAUUAGUUUGGGUUACUUGGCAGCAGCGUAUUUGCAUCAAUAAACUCUCGGUUUCACAUUGCGACUUUACACCCGCCUCUUGUUGUUCGAAUAUUGGCAUACUCGAUAAUACAGAAUUCGAAGAAGCUCACAAGAUAUUAAGUUAUCAGUCGAAUUUGCACUGUACUCAGUUAUUGAAUUAUCUAAAACAACGUCCUCAACUGAUAGCGCAGUGUUUAUCGGUUAUAAAUCAAACACAAUCGGAUUUUCUUGCUGCUGUCAUCGAGUCUAUCAUAUUAGGAUUGUACGGUUGUUGUUUAUUACCCGAAGAUAAAGCUCUAGUGUUGGAAUUACUGCUCCAUUUGACUCAUUUACAACUCGUUCCUGCCGAAGAUCCUUUACGAUUGAUUAGACAUGGAUCUUGCGCUUUCGCUCGACUCUAUUCGUUGUUCCACGAAGGGCUGUAUUCCGCUCAGCUGUUUCUUACUGCCGCGCUGCAUUCUCCUAUAAUGCAUUUAUUAAUGGAAGAUGAAAAAUUUCUCGAUAUCGAUCCGGAUAAAGCUCUUAUUAGAUUUGCUACGGCUGAAAGGUUGAAAAUGUUUGGAACCGAAGGUACGCCGGAGUAUAAAAAUUCCUUACAAAAAUAUCGACUUUGGACUAUCAAUAAAUUAGUCGCAAUCACCAAUAAGUUCAUUGAUAAUAUUAAAGCUCAUAUUCAUUGCUUUCCGAGCAGUAUUUGUUGGUUGGUUCGACACAUUUAUAAUUUAUUAGCAAAUACGAGGAAAUUAGAAGAGAAACAAAUUUUCGCGUUGUGCGUCGAUUUAGUGAUAACGUCUUUCAUCUGCCCGGCUAUCGUUAAUCCAGAAUCGUACGGUAUUAUCGAUGCUCCUGUCAGCUACAUCGCACGAUUCAACUUGAUGCAAGUGGCCAAGAUAUUGCAAAUGUUGGCUAUGCGUAAAUACGAACCUGUUGAAGCGAAAGUAGCCGAUUUGUAUAAACAUUUCGACGAAGACUGCCUUUCAUCGAUUAUAAAUAUUUUAUUGGAAGAUGCCUUGCAUAAAGUUGAGCUUGAUAAAGAACCUAGCAAUUUGGAAACUAACGAUCAACUCAAACAGAUGGCUUACAAUGUGAAAGCUUUCUUCACUGAACAACAAUUACAUAAUUUGAUUAUUUUCCUACAAUCGGCUUUAACCAACGAUAUGUUACCGAAGAAAGAGAAAAUUCGUUUAGAGGAGCUGAUUUCGGCGGUGGCUACUGAUUUUUCACCAGUACCGAGUACCUCAAAUUGCAAUAACGUUGUAACACUUGCGCCUCCUUCGAAUCGUAACGUGAAUGGGGACUCGUCUCCGAUAACGUUGGCUAAACGACAAAUUAAUAUCAUUAGUAAAGCUGUGAAUCGAACCAAGCAGUCGGCUGCUGCUGUAGCAUCAUCGGUUUUAAAUUCGGACAACAACGACACCGAAUACCAGUCGCGAGAACGAGAACGAGAUUUCGUCAGUCCAAAUAGAGACUUGGAAACUGUGUUGGUUUUUGCUCUGGAAGACGAUAGCGAAAUGGGCAUCAUCGGAUUACUCACCGAACAACAGGUGUUGGAAGAGGGACAAAGUAUCAAUAUGAUCGAAUCUAACUGUGAUCCGUUAUUAAAUGUCAACAGUUGCGUAGAACCUGCUACUUCUCAGACUAAAACUCUGAGUACUUGUUGUUCAUCGCAAGAUGGAGAAGAAGGUGUUUCCGAAAACGGUUCUAACGAGAGUGAAGAUUCUUCGUCGAUUGAUUUAGAAGCUGAAGACCAAAAUGAUAACUUAUCGGAUAUGAUUUCGGCCAACGUUUCGGGACGAGGCACUCCUAACAUUUCUGGACGAGAUACUCCUUCGUCGCAAAUAAUGGAAAACGAGAACGAAGAAGCGAACCCGAUGGAAAGAGCGGUGCCUCUUCCACCUCAAUCUCAAGCUAAGCAACCUCGAUUCGACUUGGACGACAAAUUUGGUAAAUUCGAGGUCAAAAAUUUACCCCAUUCCGGAGAUGAGACUGUUUCGUUGGUAUCGGAUACUUGGAGCACUGAUGUUUUGGCCAGUGAUUCGGAAAAUAUCGAUCAGAACCAGUCGAACCAUAAUUUGAGUAAUGCCAACUCUGUGUUCUCGUCUAGUGACGCUUUAGCUUUGCUACAAAAUUCCAGUUUUUCACCGCUCGUUGAUAUCUCAGAAACAGCUUCUGAGGGCUGGAGCACCGAUGUCGUGGUUUCAGAUUCCGAUCGAGUGACCGAAGUUGAUACAGAUGAUACUGCUAGCGUUGCUAGGUCCGAUAUUACUACCAGAUCAGAGGUUGAAAGUCGUGGCGAAGGAGUUGAUAUCAACGCCGAAGAUAUGCCUUCGACGUCAAAUGCAGCCUCCGCUUCCCAUCUCCUGUUCCAAAAAGAAGACUCCGGUAACCUGAUCCACGUUAUUGGAUCAGAAGAGGUACCCGAUUGUGCCGCUUCUCUGAACUGUGACUCCAAAACUCGCCCUAAUUUACUCUCGAACCUAUCCCAGAGUUCAACUGGAUCGCAAUCCAGAUCUAGUUCCAGUCAUCAAGCUAGCAUGGAUUCCGAAGAUAUAAGAGGUAUCGGCGGCGACAUAGCUAGCGUUAGCAUGAGCAGCGCCGCUUCAGUGAGCAGUAGUUGCAGUUCGGCCGGUAAUGCCGAUAAUGAUCACGUUCAAAGCAAACAAUUCUCAUUCAGUGAUCACGCUUCUUCAUCCAGCCAAGUAGUAUCAUUCACGUCCAACGCUUCCUCGUCUUCGGUAACCAUCACAACGACCGCGUGUUCAUCCUCAGUGAACAUGGGUAACGGAUGCGCCAUCAUUUCAUUAAACGAAAGAAGCACCUCGAACCGAUCAUCUUCAUCGUCAGCAGUCGUUAAAUCUAUCAGCUUCGAUAAAACAGCCGAAAAAGGAGAUAAAGACGACGAUAAGAAUAAACAAAGAAGCGGUUUCCUAAAUAAACUGAAUAUAUUCAAGAAUCGUCGCGGAAGGGAUAGUUCAUCUCAGUGGUACAUGAGCGAAUCAACAUCCGGUUCUUUGGCCGUUCAGUUCACGAAUAACGCUAAAAUGUUGCAAGAACAACAAAACGCUUCCAAAGUCAGAUCGAACUCGCGAUACGAUUCGAAUAAACUAAAACCAUCGUAUACUUCGAACGGAAUGUCACGUGGUACCGUAUUUUAUACUUCUACUUCCACAUCGGACGAUAUCCUGAAUAAGUACAGAAAACAACCCAACGAUCCUAGUACCUCGGCUAGUGUUGAUUUACCGGAUGGUGUAAGCAGAAAUGAGAAUGGACCCAGCGUAGAUGGUGUCGCUGUCAACGUACAAAACGAAGAUGAAUCGGAAUUGAAUAUUCAUUGCGAGAAGUUCAAGUUUGAAAACGCGAAAAGAAAAUUACGAUCCGUUUUAAGUAAUGCGGAAAUUCAGCAGUUACCUUGCGCUAAUAAUGAUUUAAGGAGCUUGAAAGAGGCAUGGUGUCAACAACCAAACGUACUGGUUGCAUUUCUUCAAUUGCAGUUGGCCGAAGCUAUACAUCUGAAAGAUCGUUCGCUUAUCGCUCACCUUCAUGAGACUGUUCGAUGUGUGAAAUCAUUCAAUGAUCAGAAAUGCCUUUAUUUAUUGGAAACGUUGAAAAAAGAAUAUAAAGCUAGAGCUCCGUAUUUAUCAUAUUUGAUGAGAUGCCGGCAGACUUUAUUGUCAAUUACAGCUCAUCUGAAUAGAUUAACGAAAAGAGUAAAAUGCCAGCAAGACGUUUGCAAGAAUUUCUUCGCCUCGAUCUGUGUUCGUUUAUUUUUACAAAAAAGAGAACAGCUUUUACUGCAGUUCGCUACCGAAUUCCAUAGCCUGACUCUGGCUGACGAGAAGAGCGAUCUAUUACGUAACUUUUUAUCAACUCUGGAGAAACACGUCGAUAACGAUUCGACGUGGCAAGGCGUUAACGAACAGCAAUUAGAAUCGAUUAAAGUGGCUAUCGAAAGAUCUGUUAUUUCUCGCGUCUACAUGUACGCCAUGUUCCCGAACGGAGACGGUGAUAUAUCUCGAGACGAAGUUUUACACGAGCACAUAAAAAAAUUGAGCAAAAUAAUCACACCGAAUCACAAAUACCUAUGCAUUCCUAAAAAAUAUCACUACGAGUGUCCUUGGCCGGCAGCUCAAGAAGAACUAACGGCCAUGUCUGCGUACAAAACACCAGCUGAAAAGUUGGAUUGUAUAUUACGGUGCACGCAAACGAUACAGAAUUUAUUAUGUUUAGCUUGUAAUAAUUCCGUUCCAUCGGCUGAUAUCCUAGUUCCAGUUCUUGUAUUCGUUAUCAUCAUGGCCAAUCCGCCAUCUUUACUGUCUACGAUCCAAUACAUAAAUAGUUUUUACGAGACGCGGUUGAAAGGAGAAGAACAAUACUGGUGGGUACAGUUCACCUCAGCUGUCGAAUACAUUAAAACCAUGGAGUACACGUCGUAGAUAAAUUAUGUAAAAUAUUAAAAGCGCUAUAUUCAGUUAAUCGAAGUUUUUAAGUUUAAUUAGAUUAAUAGUGUUGUAAAUGUUGUUUUCUUUUUCUUUUUUAAAUUUCUAAUAUGAUUCGUGUCCAUUUGUUAUUUAAAAGUAUAAUAUUAACAGUAUUGUAUAACUGAUGCAAUUAAGUACGAGUUAAAAUCUAAUCGAGCUAGAUUCAGUUUUUUUUUUAAUUUGGUUUUUUACGAACACGAUUGAUUUUUUGCAGUAUUUUUUUGAGCGGUGGAUGGCACAGUUGAUUGAUCGAACGCGUAUUUUAGUUAAUUUUUGUAAAUGUAUAUACCUUAAUACUUUUUAGCAAAAUAAUAUCUAUGUUUUUAUUGUUACUUUCAUCGUAUAUUUUUAAUAAUUUUAUCGAAAAUAUGUAACAAUAUUUUGAAUUUAAUACCAAAGUUAAUGAGCAUUAUUUUGAUCUUGUAAUGAAAAUAAACUAUUUUGUUGAAUAUUUUA